AGCUAGGCCCCAAUCCUCAACUUGUUGGUGUUCUUCUCCUUCUAGCUGAUCAUCUCUCACCUUUUCUUUUCCAAAUCCCCAACACCUACACACCCACCCACAACUUUAAGGUAGCUGCUAGUGCUAGUGCAUGGCUAUAUAUAUGCAUCUAUAAGUAGGUUGCACCCUCCCAGGGGAUCACCAUCCAACACCUUAGAAGGUGCAGCAGGGAGGCAGGCCACAAUAAUGUCUCAGAGGAAAGGGGCCAUGGCUGCAGUGACGAGCAGCAAGCAUGAGGAGGAGAUGAUGGAGCUCAGGAGAGGCCCCUGGACGCUGGAGGAGGACAACCUCCUCAUGAACUACAUUGCUUGCCAUGGCGAGGGCCGCUGGAAUCUCCUCGCCCGCUGCUCCGGGUUGAAGAGGACCGGAAAGAGCUGCCGGCUCCGGUGGCUCAACUACCUCAAGCCUGACAUCAAGCGCGGCAAUCUCACGCCGGAGGAGCAGCUCCUCAUCCUUGAGCUCCAUUCCAAGUGGGGAAACAGGUGGUCGAGGAUAGCGCAGCACCUGCCGGGGCGGACGGACAACGAGAUCAAGAACUACUGGCGGACGCGGGUGCAGAAGCAGGCGCGGCAGCUCCGGGUGGACGCCAACAGCGCCGUCUUCCGCGACGCCGUCCGCUGCUACUGGAUGCCGCGCCUGCUCGAGAAGAUGGCCGCCACAAGCGCGGCGCAACAGGUGGAUCCGGCGGCGCUGCUACACCCCGCGCACAUCGCCGCCGGCGUGGGCGGCGGCGCCGCCUCCCCGCCGGUCCACGGCGGCCAGCACGACGCGACUAGCGCGCCGCCGGGAAGCGGGUACGGCGGCCACCACCAGAGCUACGCCGUCGACCCGAGCCCGAGCACGUCGACGUCCGGCUGCUCCGGCUCGACGCCGGCCGCCGCGCUCCCGCCGGUGCCCUGCUUCUCCGAACUGAGCUGGGUCGUCGACCAGUACGGCCCCUACGCCGACCUCGACGGCGCCGGCGCGUUCGACUCCUCGGCGCUGGGGAGCCUCGGUCUGGACGGGCUGGACCUGGGCCCGGCCGACGGCGACGUCUACCCCGACUCCACGCUGCUGGACUACCUCAACUCGGCCUGCACCGGCGGCGGCGCCAUGGUGACGAUGAUGGGCGGCGGUGGCAACGCCGCCCUCAGCAGCUGCGGCGGCGCCAUAAUGGGCGGACACGACGGCGACUACGGGCCGUCGUCGUGGCGCACGGACGAGCUCUGCCAGGCGGCGGCGAGGAAGCUCGGCGAUCAUCAUCAGUGGGGAGGAGGAAUCUAGAAGCAAGCUAGCUCGCUAGAGGCAUGAUGGGUGCAGGUUGCUUCUUGCCACGCCUCUCUCCUAAAGCUAGCUAGCGAUGAUCGGGAUGUCACACUAGUUAACUAUAUAUCUAGUGGAGCUAAAGCUAGCAGCCAGUAGUCGAUCGAGAUACCAAUUAAUUACCAAGGCUUAUUAGACGUCUCGGACGAUGAUCCAUCGAUCGAGCGCUCGAGAUUCAGCCAGCUAGCUAGCUGUUAAUUUGAUCAUCCAUCGUUCAUCAUGGUUUGUUGUGUAGAAUUAAAGCUGUAGUUUGUUGAUGAUGCACGUACGCGUACGCGUGCGUACACGUGUUGUCACUUUUAAAUGGCGCGUGAUUUCCAUUUGGAGCUA